GAACUAUAAAUAAAUUUAUCUCUACAAGUAUGUUAUAUUAUGGUAGCUUAAGCACGACUUGGUGGGGUGCUGAUAUCUAAUAAUUUUGUUAUUGGAAUAAAAGUUCAAAUUCUUGUGAGACUUAAUCGAGCACGUACAAAGUGAUUUUUCGCGAUUCUCAGUUACGUUGUCGAAUGUGUGAUUUAAGGUUUUAUUGCUUUUUUGAGGAGAUUUCUAUUGAAAACCUCAUUCGAUGGCACGGUUUAUCCCAAUGCUUCUGUUAGUCUUAGUAUGGUUAAAUACUGCCGAAGCAACAGAUGACUUACUAAAAUUAUUACAAUCUAGAAAAGCGACGAGAUAUUGCGGUCCAAAUUUAUCAGAGGUUUUAUCGCUAGUUUGUAGAGGAAGAUAUAACACACCACCUCCAGUUCAUGAUAUACAAAGGAGGGACGUUAGCGAAAACAGCGCGGUCGUAGAGGAUGUGGACCACCCUUACGCUUCACGCGCGAAACUCGUUAAAUUAAUACACAAAAUCAAACACAGUAGACAACGAAGAGGUGUAUAUAAUGAAUGUUGUGAAAAUCCGUGCUCCUACGACAUUUUAGUAAGUUAUUGUGCAAUGGGGUUAUGGGACGUAUUGUACGCACUGGCAGUCUACCUUCUGGCUACGUUUACGGUAUCUGCGCUAACAUCUCCGGAAGACAAACUGCAAAUGAUGCAAGCCAAAAACGCCACAUACUGCGGAAGUGCACUGGCCGAUGCACUCUCGCUAGUAUGCAGAGGAAAGUACAACACACCUGUAACCAAUGAACGUGACCGGAGAAGCAUCUCACCCAAUAAUAGAAAAAAACGUUAUAUCAUCACGAAGGGCGUUUACGAUGAAUGCUGUAAAAACGCCUGCUCUUACGCUGUACUGAAAAGCUACUGUUGGGACUAAGAAGAAAGCACCCUCUGCCAACAGAUUGACAUACCACUGCCACCUAGAUGUGAAUUGUGAUAUUGAGUAUGUGAUAGUUUUAAAGACUCUGAGGAAGACACAGAUCUCAAAA